AUGAGACCCCUUCCUGUCUGCAGGUCUCCAGAGAUGUGGCAUCAGAGCUUUGGACUUUUAGGAAAAAGCGACAUCAAUGAACCAGGAUCCUUUUUGUUGGGAAAGGAGUUCUACGUACCCCUGUGCUCACUGCCCCUCUCUUGUGCUGUGGUGGAUGUUGCCAUCCAGGACUACGUAGCUGACGUGGUCUCUGAACUGAUCUACCAUAACGAGAGUCUGAGAUCCUCAGAAGUUACUUUUGUCUUCCCCCUGGGCCCCCAUAUGGCCAUUUAUUCCUUCCAGGCCUGCAGUGAGGAUGCCAAGGUCAAGGCUGUGCUGCAGGAUGAGGCCCAGCAGCUGCACAAGUUUGCAGUGGAGAAGGAGAAUUUUCAUUACCUUCAGUAUGGGAUUGAGGAAUCAGGCGAGGUGUUUGCCUGCUUCCUGGGUUCCCUGUCCCCUGGCAAGGAAAUGGUUGUGACCCUACACUAUGUCCAAGAGCUAUCACGGAAGCCAGAUGGAGCAGCCCAGUUUGUGCUGCCAUCCACAAUGCAUCCUCGCAAGACUCACUACACCUGCAAUUGUUGCACCAACAAGCUGCAUUACAGCCUCCUGCUCACUGUCAGCCUGCAGUCACCCCGUGGUGUGGCUGAUGUCCAGGCCAGCUGUGCCCUCACUCCUUUGAUCUACACUGCCCAGGACCACAGUGCUGCACAGGUCUCACUGGCUGGCACUCCCCCAAAUCACCAUUUGGAGCUGCUGGUGUAUUACAGAGAACCUACUGCAGUCAGUGCUGUGGUGGAGAAAGGAAACCCUGCAGCCACUGCAGGCUCUCUGUUUGGUGAUUCCCUGGUGUUGGUGACACUGGCACCCAACAUCCCUGAUGCAAAACCUGGCCAGUGCCAGUCUGGAGAGUUCAUCUUUGUUUUGGACAGCACUUCCCUUGAGCACAUAAAGGACCCCUUGCUCUUCCUUCUCAAAAGCCUACCCCUGGGCUGCUACUUCAACAUUUACUGCUAUGGAGCAACAUCUGUGCGCAUCUACCCGCAGAGUGUUGAAUACACCCAGGACAACCUGAAUGAAGCAAUGCAACUCAUUCCCACAAUUGGCUCCAGGCUGGAUGACACAGACCUGCUGGGAACUCUCCGCACAAUCUACAACACUCCCUGCCCCUGUGGACAUGCACGCCAGCUCUUCAUGUUCAUGUCUGGGCUACCACCUGACAAGGAAGCCAUUGCUGCUGAGGUCUGCCGUCAUCGCAACAGCCACCGGUGUUUCUCCUUGUGUUUUUCCACGGACAGUGCUACCCUGGCCACAGCUCUUGCCAGGGAGACAAAGGGUGAAGCUGUCUAUGUUUCUUCUGACAAUGCGACAGUUCAGGUGCUGAAAUGCUUGAAGCAGGCCCUCAAGCUAGUAGCUGAGGGAGUCUCUCUGGACUGGACUUUGCCCUCUGGCCUGGAGGUUGAGGUGCUGGGAGGCACCCCUCAGUUCAUCUUUCAGAGUCAGCAUAUCUUCCUCUAUGCACAGAUCCAUGGAAAGGAACAGAAUAUGAAGGAGGCCAGUGGUGUCAUGACCUUGCAGUUCAACCUGAAUGGCCAGGUCGUCACUCACAAGAUCCAGUUCCCACUAUGCCCACAGGGAGAUGGCCAGAUGGCUGGUCAUCGUCUGGCUGCAAGAUAUUUGCUGGAGAAGCUGUUGCCAGAGGUUGCGAGCGGAUCAGGGGAUGAACCAGUGCAGCGUGCCAUCGAAAUCAGUCUCACAUCUGGGAUCAUCUGCCCCUUAACCAGCUAUGUGGGUGUUCGUACAUCACGGAGGGCCCCCUGGUACCAUGGGCCCCUGGCACUGCUGCCACCUCGCCAGUCAUUCGUUCCCUGCAAGAUCCUUUUGCUUCAUGGCUCCCUCACUGGCACUUCCUGCUUUCCUAAGACCAUAUGGUACCCACCUAGCUGGCACACUGCACUGCAGGAGUCAUGGAUUGCCAUCAAGCAACUCACCAAUGGCACUGCUAACUUAUUCCAGCUUGGGGCUCACAAAGAAGCACCUAAACAGAUGCCACCAUCAACUUCCUCUCUCUUCCUCUCUCAAGUAUGUGGAUUCAUGUGGCUGUGCAACCGAGCUGUGUCUCAGCUGGACAAGUGCCUGGAGGCAAGUAACACCCUCCUUGGGAUCAGUGUAAAUCCAAGCAUCUUUAGGCAAUGAGCUCAAUAUCAGCAUACAGAACAUCAGCACCUGUGGAAAAUAAUAGGACCACAAAGCAUAGCUUAAAUUUACCUGCCAUGCUGUAACCCCACUGCUGCUACCAGCUAGGAUAAGAGAUGAAUUCUCAUUAUUUGUGAGAUGUCUCCUACUGGCUGGGCUGCAUCUGCAUCAUGCUGAGCACAACAGAAAACAUAGUUCACAACCUCCACCAUGCUUGUUUUAGCUGGAGGUGGGAGUGGAAGGGAAGCAUAACUUUUUUCAUGGAGUGAUGGCCCUUUCCAAAUCCAGCUUUGGCAAAAUGGGCUACUGGCCUGCUCACAGAUGGCUUCUCUCUUGAUACAGGACUGCCAUGCACACUAGAAAAGAUGAAUGUUUAGAGGUGUUGACAAAAGGCAUAGUAACCAUAACUCCCACUGAGAAUGUGCUACACCACACUUCCUGCCAUCCAUGUUGGCAAAGUGUCUGAUUCAUCUUCCAAUAAACAGUGAAUUUUCUGCAAGCUACAACAUGUGACAAAGCCUUGAUCUUAGCUGUAGCAGCAUCUGCCCAGGCUGAUGGUUGAUAGCUGACUUAUUCUAGCUACAGCAGGAAAGUUACUGGUUUGUUAAUGAUCUACCUUCACAGCUUUAAUGUUUUCACUCCAUUGC